AUGACAGUAGAUAAAGCAUCAGUUUACGUCUGUUUAAUAAUCAUUUCUACCUGUUCAAAACGUGAAAAUUUUAAUUUUUCACGCGGUAUUUUUCAUUAUCGGAACAAUGAAAAUGAAUAUAACGUUGAUAUUAAAGUUCCAAAAUUUGAUGAAAACGAGAUUAAUCCAAUGACAAUUGUCAACGAAUUGUUCGACGCUGCAGCGGACACCACAUCAAAAAACCGACAAGUUUAUGGAGUUCAACUGCCAUUACCGUUUGGGAUGAAAACUCUAAAUUUACAAUUUGGACGAGGGAGAACUUUCAGUACAAAAGCAAGAGGUGCCCCUCUAAAUGCUGCUGCUACAACAAAGAGAAGUAGUCCCAAAGUGGAAUACUCUGAACAACAAAUGGAUGAUCGAAGUAAAGAAGCACUAAACAUGGCUCGGCUAGCUUGUGUGAAGGAAGACCAAGACGCCUGUGAUCGAGCUAUGGAGAAAUAUUUUCAAGUUCGAUACAAAAUUUCGCCAAUGGCGGACGCUCUAGCCAUACGGAGAAGUGAACCACAUGAUCUGCAGGGAAUUUUGACAACUGGUUUGGCUAAAUGGGCUCUUCCAUCAUUGGAAAAUUCUUUGAAUAACUUUGUUCUUGGUAAAACGAAACCAGUGGUCAAAGAAGAAUGUAAGAAUGAAGAAUGUUCCACUGAUAAUUCUGCAACUUUCAAAGAAGGACAAGUUAUGCAGCCAAACCAAAAUUUCAGUAAAAAAGGAAUAAAGCCAUCGUUCACAACAAAAAGAAGAAAGAAUCGGAUAUUGCUGCCAAAAAGACUGGCAAACAUUGAGGAUUACGCCGACUGGACACCUGUUUUCCAUAAUCGGCAGGGCAUAAAAUUACCACAACGAGACGAAAUUGCUGUUGAUGUUCAAUAUUCGAUAAUACCAAGGGUUCGACAAAAAACUUUGCUACCAAUACGUGAAAGUGUUGCGUAA